AAUAUUGUAACAAAGACUUCCCAGAUUAUCAGGCUUUCCUGACUUGAACAAACAGAGCCACCUACCAGGCGCCCACGGUUCAAACUCCCCACCACCGGUCCUGACAGAUAUUCCUGGGGAGAGGCUUUAAGCGCCUCUGCGUCUCUGUCCCAUUUCUAGCUGCUCAGGUAGAAGAGACGGACAUGGGACCGGCUGCUUUCAGUUUGGCUUUCAUGAUUGACUUCAGGUGGGGUGUUUGUGACCUGGCUGGCCCGGAUCACACCGACACAGAACUCUGCCUGGAGGAGAUUGAAUCCUGCCAAAAGCUGUCCGUGGGAACCAGCUUCAUCGCGGUGCUGGGCCCGGACCCGGACCCGGACCCGGACCCGGGCGGCGGGGGCGCGCGGCCGCCCCGCCUGGUGCCGGCGGCGGAGUGGGAGGCGCUGGCGGCGGAGGCCGAGGCGGAGGCUGCGCGGCUCCUGGCGCACUGGUACCGGCGCGACGACAACGCGCUGCCGCCCGCCUACGCGCUGCGGCCGCUGCCCGCGGGGCCCGGGCCGGAGGCGGCGGCGUGGCGGCGCGCGGGGCCGCGGCUGGCGGCGGCGCUACGAGGAGUCAGGUGCGGGCGCUGUGCGGGGCGGGGGUGCGGGGCCGCCCCGCCCCGCCGCUGCAAGGCGCCCCUCCGCCGUGUCGCUGCAGGGCUGGAGCGGCAGCUGGAGCGCGGCCUCCGCGGCGCCAGCGCCUGCGUGCUGCUGCGGGAGACGGCGGGGGCCGGCGGGCCGGGGCCGGGCUGGAGGCGGCUGCUGGACGGCCCCGACGCGGAGCGGGUGCGGGUGCUGGCGCUGCCGGCGGAGGACGCGGCGGGGCGCGGCCGGCCCCGGCCCCGGCCCCGGCCGGAGCUGGAGCUGGAGCUGCGCCGGCAGCUGGUGGGCGCUGUCCGCGAGCAGGUGGAGCGCGGGCUGCGGGGCGCGGAGCGGGGCGCGGAGGCGGAGCGGGCGGCCGCGCUGCUGCGGGAGCUGAGCCUCCAGGCGGGCGCGGGGGCGGGCCGCGGGCUGGCGGGCGGGAGGCAGCGCCUGGCGGAGCGCCUGUGCCGCCGCCUGGGGCAGGACGAGGCGGGCGGGCGGGCGCACGCGCCGCUGGUGCUGCUGGGGCCGCCGGGCUGCGGGAAGACGGCGCUGAUGGGCGAGCUGCGCCGGCGGGUGCGCGCCGCGCUGCGGCCGGGCGCCGUGGUGGUGCUGCGCCGCCUGGGCGCGGCGCCGCUCCGCUGCUCGGUGCGCGGGCUGCUGGCCGGCCUGUGCCUGCAGGUGAGCCUGGCCCUCGGCCUGCCGCCGCCGCCCGCGCGCCUCACCCGCGCCUACGCCGGCGCGCUCCGCUGCUUCGGCCGCCUGCUGCUCGCCGUCUCGCGCCGCGGCUCGCCGGCGCUGGUGCUGCUCCUCGACUCCGUGGACCGGCUGCUCCCGGCGCCCGGCGCCCGCAGCCUCCGCUGGCUGCCCAAGGCCUGCCCCCCAAACGUGCACGUCCUGGUCUCCCUCUCUGCAGCGGAGCACGGCCUCCUGCAGACGCUGCGCGAGGCCGUGCCCGAGGCCGAGGCGUACUUCGAGAUGGGGCCGCUGUCCGGCGAGGAAGGCAGGGAGAUGCUGGAGGGGCUGCUGGCGUCAGCCGGGCGGAAGCUGAGCCCAGCUCAGCGGGCGGUUCUCCAGCACAGCCUCCCAGCCGGCGGGGACCCCUUGCUGUUUCAGCUGGCUUUCCAGCAGGUCCGGAGCUGGGCCUCCUACACCCCGCCCUCAGCACUGGUGAUCAGUCGCACGGUGCAGGACGCCCUGCACCAGCUGUGUGACACGGUGGAAAAGCUCCAUGGCUCAGUCCUGGUGUCGCGGGCUCUUGGCUAUAUUGCCUCCUCCCGGAAUGGGCUGGCAGAGGCAGAGCUGAAGGACAUCUUGUCCCUUGAUGAUGAGGUUCUGUCUGAGAUUUACCAGCACUCCUCUCCUCCAAGUAAAACCAUCUUGCGUUUUCCCCCUCUGCUGUGGGCACGACUUCGCCGUGACGUUCAAGACUGCUUAGUGGAGAGGCAAGCAGAUGGCUUCACCCUUCUUGGCCUUGCUCCCAGGCAAUUUGCUGAGGUUGUGCAGAAUCGUUACCUGUCCGCACAAAACCAAACCAAAUGGCAUUUGCUCCUGGCAGAUUUCUUCAGGGGGACUUGGAGCUGGGGGAUGAAAAAACCCUUUCUUUUGCCACUCUGUGGCACAACUCUCAAUGCUGACAGGAAGGUAGCACCUCAGCCGCUCUGGUUCUCUGAUACUGUUGCAAAUCAGAGGAAACUGAGUGAAUUCCCUUUUCACUUACUCUGUGCUGGGCGAAUUGAGGAGCUAAAGCGGGAUGUACUGGGGAAUAUGAACUGGAUCAUCUGUAAAAUCACUGCUGCUGGAAUAGAGAGUGUUGUGGAUGACUUUGCCAUGUGCAUUACUCAUACUAACUGCCCAGAAUUAAGUCUUGUGCGAGAUGCACUCCUCCUCCUGAAACCAACCAUUGAUGAUAUGGAUGGCGUUGUAGGAAUGAGUACUAUAUAUACAGAAGUGCUGGCCAGGCUUCAUUUUUUCAUGUCAUCUUAUCCGGACCUCAUUGGGAGGUUGUGCCAGCAGUGUCUACACUGGUUUGAAGUCUGUCCGCAUCCUGUUCUCAUCCCACUGUGUGGAUUCCUUCAGCCUCCUGGUGGGCCUCUGCAGAAGACUCUCACUGGGUUUCUCAAAGGUGUCACAGUACUGGAGCUCAGUUCUGAGCACAAGCUGAUGGUAGCAGGGUCCCAAGACGGUUCAAUGCUUGUGUGGAACAUGGAGAAUAUUGAGGUGAUGCAAGCCCUGACUGGUCACACUGCCGAGGUGAAGUGUGUGAAAGUGUUUGGAAAAGGGACUUCUGCUGUCUCAGCUGCCAUGGAUCACACUUUACGCAUCUGGAAUUUAGUUUCUGGCACAGAGAAGUUUUCAAUCGAGGACACUCACUUCAGCAAACCGCAUCUGUGUCAGCUUCACGUUGAUGAAAGGAACAUGGUUGUUUAUUCAGCAUCAGGUGAAAAGGUUAGUGGCUGGCAUCUGGAAACAGCAGAACUUGUUUUCCAGAUUUCUGGUGAUGUCCAAGAUGUGUGGCUGUGUACUGCUGUGUUUGUCCCAAGGCUGGUAAUUCUGACAGUGUCUGAAGGAGGAAUAGUGUGCCUGUGGGACAGAAGCACUGGAGCAAUGCAGUCUAAACACCAGCUAUCGUGGCUACAGAAAGAAGCACCAACUUGCAGCGCUUUGAUCCAGAAGCAAGGAAAGAUGGUGGCAGGAUUUAGCAAAGGGUCCCUGUCCGUGAUUUCUUCUGAUGGAACCAGCCUGCUGGAGAAGCUUCCUCAAGGUGUUCGCUUUGUGGUGACAUCAGAAGAUGAGUCCCUCCUUGCUGCAGGCUUUGGGGAAUACGUGAGAGUGUUCCUGGCUGAUUCAAAUGGAUUCUGCAGGUUUCUAGCAACAGACUUGGAGCAUGAAGGUGUGGUGCAUACAGCUGUUAUCUCUUCUGACAAUAACAUCAUUGUUACUGGCUCUCAAGCUGCAUAUAUCCAGGUGUGGAGUUUAUCAGAACAGGGUUUGCUGAAGGAUACCUUGAGUAACCUGGGAACACCAGCAACAUUCUUAGCCCUGCAUGGUUGUACAUUGGUAUCUGCUUCCCACAAUGCCCCAUGUGUCAGAGCAUGGGACCUCUCUUAUGAUAAUAAGCACAACACUUUAGCACCUUUCCUAGAUUGCAGUGCAGUGUCUCAAGAUGGGAACUAUGUUUACUUCCCUCAGCCUGGAGAGAACCAUAAAGUCGUCAUCUGGAACAGCAUAGAAGGUGCAGAGUGUGACACACUGGACACCUCUGCUCAAGUGAGAAGUCUGGAGGUGGCUGAGCAGAAAAAACUCCUUUUCACUGGGCUGGUAUCUGGAACAGUUCUGGUUUUUCCACUGAAUUCCAGGAAAGAUGUGGUGUGCAUCCCACCCCCGGAGUCACAAAAACCAGUCAACCACAUAGCACUCAACAGGCAGGAAACACAACUGGUCGUAGCAUAUGAUAACUUAGUCCUUGUGCUGGAUGUCAACCCUGGAGAGCCAUGCCCAGUGAUUGACAAGCCCACUUAUACCUUUUAUACGCAGCUCCCUGCUGUUAUUUCCAGCGUGGCUGUCCUUACAGGCUGUCGGGUCCUCUAUGGCAUGUCCAGUGGGGACUUAUUCCUUUAUGACUGUCCAUGUUCCCAAGUAUUUCCUUUGGAAGCCCACCGAAGCAAAAUCACUUGUUUAGAAAAUAGUCACGGAGAACAGUGGGCACUGAGUGGCUCUGAGGAUUCUCUGCUGUGUCUAUGGGACUUGGAGCUCUGCCAAUGGAAACACGAGAUCUGCUACUACAAGCAUUCAUCCUUCUUGAAAGGUAUUGAAUGUGCUUGCUUCUCAAAAGAUGAUAAAUACCUGUAUACUGGAUUACUGGAUCAAUCCAUUGCAGUUUGGGAUGUUUCAAAUGGUGCUCUGCUGGCUGUGCAGUGUGUGCAUGCAACUGCAAGAAGAAUCGUGCCAACUGCUGAUGGGUUUGUUGCAACAACAAAUCUUGGCUAUAUAAUUCGUGAGAAGUUCCACUGCCCACAGUCCAGCAGCCACCAGCACGACCCGCUCCAGCACGUGGAGGCAACAUGCACAGUCAAAUCCAGGAAGGGAGAAGAGGCAAAUUCAGGAGUGCAGCAUCACAAUCAAGGAAAUACCUCCAGACACCAGAGUCAAAACCGCAAGCCUUCACAGAUCUGUGCAAUUGUGUAAGAGGAGCGAAGCAGCAGAUCAGGACCACGCAGCCUCGGGACCCAAGAUCAAGCGUUCAGGCCGAGCCUCUUAAGUCAGAAGCCGAGAGCUGGGGUCAAAUUCGGGAGUUACUAGAUCUCUUCUCUGCUCAAAUCUACGCUACGCAACAAAGAAAACCUAGUUAACUAUAGUAUUUCCCAGUGUAUUUGAUCAGUUAGCAUUCAGGAUUUCUUAGUGCCGCUGCACUGCAACAGUCAAGUAACGCACAGGGAACGUGGGCGCUGCGCUCGUGACGCUGCCUGCGCUGCGUUAGGUUUUAACGGGUCAACGUGCUGUUAAUGCGAGUGCCUCAUUUACCAGAAGCAGAGUCAACCGUCCGACUGCUGAACCGUUAACACGCGCCAUGAGUACACACGAACCCCUGCUGUUGUGAGCUGCCACCACCCCCCGCCCGGCCUGCGCUAGGAGCUGCGCACGCCUGGUCUGUGUGUACAAGGGCUGCAGAGCCCGCAGUUCGCACGCCCAUCGCGGCAGGAGCAAGCUACCGGCCCACGAGCCCUCGCUGCCUGCGCACAGAGAGAGAGCAGCCGCAGAUUUCUGAGACUGUGAUUACAAGGGUCGUGUGUCCGGCGGGCUGCCGCAGGGAAGGUCUUUGCACUAAUCGGUUGUUUGUUGGGAUAUUAUUAGUUCCUCCUAAAAGUAAAGGAACAAGUUUUAUGGCGAUGUAGUUCGGAGGCGGUGCCCCCUCCCCCACACAACUUUCAGGAUAGCUUUACUAAUAAACUUCAUACGAGA